CCGCUAGUAGCUCGCGGAGAGUCUGGUACGGGCUAGCUACAGUAGUAAAUAGCAUGCGGGAGUCGAUACAUGCCCUUCGUUGUGACUUGUUGUGCUUUCAAGACACACAGAGCGAACGGACGCGGUCGAGAACACAUCAACAUACUCCAGAGGGUGGGGCCAGACUACAAGCCACUCCUGGGGAACAUUCUACUGAGGAGUGGGGA